AUGACUGAUAGAAGGAGAAAUAAUGGACCCCCAAGCGGUACCAGGGCACCUGUUUUUGCCUCGUUGCUGCGCUCUACAACAGGUGAAGCAGCACAGAGACCGCACAGGACGAGGAGGCCCGAUGAGCUGCGAAAGAUAUUUUUGAAGACGGGCCUAAUUCCCUCAGCCAAUGGGUCAUCCUAUCUCGAAAUCAAACCCGCCAGGUCAGUAGAUAACAGGUCACUGAUCGCACCUGCGACAUCCCUGAAAAUUGCAUGCACUGUCCACGGCCCUAGGCCUCUCCCACGUUCAGCAAACUUCUCGCCUAAUCUUGUCCUCACAACCCAUGUAAAAUAUGCACCAUUCGCUCAUAGACGACGGAAGGCGCAUAUUCGUGAUGCCAGUGAACGAGAUCUCGGUGUACAUCUUGAGACUGCCAUUCGAGGUGCGAUUAUUGCAGAGCGCUGGCCGAAAAGCGCUUUAGACGUCACAAUAACGGUUCUUGAAGUAGAGGAUGAUCGGUGGUGGGGAGAUGCGUCCGGCUGGUCUGAUGCAUCGUGGGGGAUGAUGAACGUACUUGCGGGCUGUAUUACGGCGGCAGCGGCGGCAAUUGCAGACGCAAGGAUUGACUGCCUCGAUUUAGUCUCUGGAGGUGUUGCAGCUUUGGUUUCUGAUGAUGAGCAGACGGCAAAGAAAGAUCAGUCGCUAGGUGGUAGGCUUGUCCUGGAUCCUGAUCCGUCUGAGCAUCAGAAUAUAGUUGCAGCUUGUGUUGUUGCAUACUUACCUGGCCGAGACGAAAUAACGGAACUAUGGCUGAAAGGCGAUACAUCUCAUGGCCCUCUAGUAAAGGGAAAGAGAGCAUCUGGACAUGAUAUGCUGAUUGAUGGUGCGGUUGAUGCGGCAAAGGGUGUGCAGACUGUGCUUUCUGUAGCUGUGAUGGAGUCUGGUGAGCGAUUCACAAAGCUUUCACAUCAUUUACAAGAUAUGAAAGCCGAUACAGACAUUGAAAUGAAGACAUAG